AUUUACAAAAAGUACAACUCCGAACUCCAGCUGGCCCUGACCGAUUUGACAACAAUUGGGCAGGAAUAAUCGAAUCAAAGUCUACUCGAGGUCAUAACAGAUAAAGUAUGUGACAAAAGGGGUGGAUGGAGGCUGUUUUUACGUGUGUUUAGACUUCACAACGGAGUUAAAAAUGGAGCAGGAAAGUACCGAAGCCUCGCCGAGUUUGUUGGGGGAUCUAGCCGGUCGUCUUGGGCUCGAUGUACCGGCUUUAUUGUACUUGUUUACAUUUCUUGCGGGUUUUCCACUGGCAUACAUUUCCAGGACCUUCUUGCAUGGUCAGUCACCAACAAUCAAGCACACCUACUUCACCGUGUGUUGCCUAGUUCUCGCCUAUUUAAAUUUUGGCUAUGACAUCAUCCAUUCAGCCAUCUCUGUCUUAAUCAACUAUGCAUUGCUUGUGACCAUCGGAGGGACUCCGCUUUCUGUAGCCAUUUCAUUUACAUUUAAUAUGUCAUACUUGCUGACUGCCUACAUAUACCUGGCGACCGAUGGCUAUGAUCUGAUAUGGACUACACCCCACUGUAUCCUCACUCUGAGACUCAUCGGAACUGCCUGGGACCUUUAUGAUGGUCAGAAAAAAGAGGAGCAGCUGAGUGCAGAACAAAAGUUAUUCAACAUCAAGACGGCGCCCUCGCUCUUAGAACUCGCCGGCUACACUUACUUCUUCGGAGGCUUCUUUGCCAGCCCCCAGUUCUCCCUCCGUCGGUACCUUGACUUCACCAAAGAGAAACUCUUGGGUAACGACAAGGGUGAACUGCCUAGUUGUGUGGAGCCGGCAAUGAAUCGAUUCUACGUUGGGUGCUUCUAUGUCUUCCUCCAUUGUGCUCUUUCACCAUUCUUCCCUAAUGAGUACCUCUUGUCUGCUCAGUUUGCGAAUUCCUCUUUUCCUUAUCAAGUGUUUGUGCUGGUCUUUUGGAGUAAAUCCCUUUUCUUCAAGUACAGUUCAGUCUUCAUGUUUACGGAGGGUGUCUGCACUAUGGCCGGGCUUACAUACAACGGAAAAGAUGAGAAAGGCAAUGCAUUAUGGGACGCCUGCGUUGGUCUAAGGCCAAAGAUAUUUGAGAUAGCAACUAUCUCAAAGCACUGCGUCAUUUCAUUCAAUAUCUCAACAAACCUAUGGGCUUCCCGGUAUGUGUUCAAGAGGUUGAAAUUCCUGAAUAAUAAAUACAUCUCUCAGGCUUCCGCACUUUUCUUCCUGGCCAUCUGGCAUGGCUUCUUCAUUGGUUAUUUCAUUUGCUUCGUCCAGGAGUUUUUCGUAACGUUUAUUGAGUCUCAGAUUACAGAUGCAACUAAAAGGAUUCCUGCCCUGAGUAAGAUCGUUAGUACUCCUGCCUUUGAUUUCCCAUUGUUUGCCAUCAAACUCAUCUGGAAUAAGUUUGUGUGUGGACACGCCCUGGCCGCCCUGGUUUUACUGCGCUGGAGCAGAAUACAUGUGGUGUACAGUGCAAUGUACUACAUGCCAGUCAUAUUCUACAUAACCUUCCCUCUCCUCUACUCAAUGGUUAUUCUACCUCAACUCAACAAAAUCUACAAGCCCCAGACGGAGUCACCCAAAGAUAAUGGGAAAGAGACCGCGAAGACAAAGUAAAGAAUGGACGUUGCAUCGCUGAAGUUACGACCCCUUUUAAGUUUUACCAAAUUGGUAAUGAAAUUUAAAGUAGUUAAAUAUAGAAAACAAAUACUAUUUCUGUAGCCUGAAGAAGUUGUUUGUUAUGAUUUUAGUCUGAUUACAAAAACUGAAAUAAUAAUGUUAGACUACUAUUUUUAAAAUGCCCUA